AUGGGCUCCACCACAGAUCUUCCCCUGGCAACAAAGGCGAUACGGAGCCGAGCCGACCUGGAGGACUAUGUUUACAACUUUAACGCGAACAACAAAGCUGAAUAUGCAGCGUACUACUCCAAGGAUACUAUGGUAGAUCAAAUUCAUUCUUGCAUGCGUGAGACCCUAGUCUUGAAGAAGGUCGUCUUCAGCCAGGAAGCCGUCGCUACUGAGAUACACACCCAGUUCCGUGGCAUCAAUGGUUUCGAAACUGACAACCUGGACGGAAGAUGGGGGCCCGUGUGGCCAGAUAAUGGUCCUCUUGUGAGGAUGUUUGUCUGGUACACUCUGGACAAAGAUGGCCACAUCAUCGAGCUGGCUGAGGAUGCCUCUGUGAUGAAGGAGGCAUCGCGGCACACCAUCCGCACCAGAGGCGACUUGGACCACUAUCUCCGUUCCUUCAACACCAACGACUUCGACACCUUUCCCCGAUACUACACGCCUGACGUGACCGUCAUCCUAGACGGCAAGGAGACUCUUACCGGCAAGGAUGAGGUUGUCAAGUUCUUUCGCAACGCACGCGAAAAGAUACACGAGGAGCACUGGACAACAGCUGACCGUGACCAAAAGGAUAUCCUCCACUUUGGGUCGGGUGUGCGGAAAGGAGGUGGCUACAGGGUCCAGUUCUUGAUCUACUACGAACUAACUCCUGAAGGGAAGAUUCAUCAUAUCACUGCAGCAAGCUGUGGACAAGCCAAGAUUUUCAAUCCCAAGUAG